GCAGUAGAUAAGGUAGGAUCAGGGUUUGUUGUAUUUUCCUUUCUACUCUAUCAUUCUUCAUAGCCCAAGAUAUAUAAAAACCAGACACAAAAGGGAAAGCCUUUAACCACUCAUUAUGUUAGCUUCAACAGCUCUGAAUCUGGGUUCAUUAGGCAGUUGUAUAGUGAAUGUGUCAGCCCACAGUUGCCAUCUACAGUCGCUGCCAUUCUUGGCAUUACCAAAUCCUAUAGUCAAGCCUUUUCAUGGAAGCUGGAAAUUAACUACACCAUUCAAGACUGCCGUUGCUGCUGUUGAUUCCUCUCAACCUGCCCAAAAGCAAGACACAGAAAGGAAGAAGUACUAUUUUCUUGUUGCAAAUGCCAAAUUCAUGCUGGAUGAAGAGGAGCAUUUCCAGGAGCAAUUGUUUGAACGUCUUCGUCUCUUUGGAGAGCGCAACAUGGAGCAGGAUUUCUGGCUUUUGAUUGAGCCAAAAUUCUUGGAUAAAUUCCCUAAUAUUACCAAGAGACUGAAGAGACCUGCAGUAGCUCUUGUCUCAACAAAUGGCCCUUGGAUCACGUUCAUGAAGUUGAGACUAGACAGAGUUUUGCAGGAGAGCUAUGAAGCUGACAGUCUAGAAGAAGCUUUGGCAUGUACUCCUGUUAGUCUUAAGUUUGAAAAGCCAGAGAAGUGGGUAGCGCCAUACCCAAAGUAUGAAUCAGAGUGGUGGACGCCUUUCUUACCCCCUGGAUCUCAGACAUCAAAGGUGUGAGUAGCAAUCCUUCUACUCAAUUUUGGGAUAUCCUCUGUGUUUAACGAAGCAGGUCAUUCUCUGCCACUGCCACACUGUUUGUUAGUCAGGCAUUUGACAUCUAUUUCAAAAGCAUGUGAAAAGAUGAAGUGUGAAGCACAAAUGUAGGCUGUAGGUAAAGGUGUGUCUAGCUUAUUGGCCAAAUACUGUAUGAUUAGUUCCUGGAUGUUGAUGAUCUAAACCUGAUUAUGAGAUUACAUAAGUAAUUGGAGAAGAAAGGGACUACUGAAAAUGAUGCUUUGGCUUAGCGCAAAAAAUUAAUGUUGCGGUAGUUCAGUGCUAGGUUUAAACAUACCUCUCUAUGUACGGGCUGAUCUGAAGCCAGAUAUCUUAUGCUCUUAAUCUUCGAAAAUGCUGCAUUUGUUCUGUGCGAAAA